AUGAAGAUCGCCAUCAUCGGUGCUGGCAUUGCCGGAUGCGCAGUGUACCUCGAGCUGAAGAAGCAUCUGCCAAAGAUCGAGGCAUUUGCCGAAGACCACGAGAUCACGAUCUACGAGGCCUACGACACCGGGAAAGAUGUCACCUCAGACGAUCGAGAAGAAGGCCCGACGCAUUCGUCUACGCUCAUCGUCGGCGGCGGGCUGGGCAUCGCCCCCAACGGUCUCGGUGUGAUCCAGCGCCUCGACGAAGCUCUCCUCCGAGAUGUGACGCGUGGUGGAUACGUGAUAUCGCGAUCCAACAUGAAGAACAAGAAUGGGAGCCUGCUCAUGUGCAUCGACAUCAACAGCCCCGAUGCGAGCGAGCCAGCGAGUCCCUUGAAGAAGCUCAACAUGGUGGCAUGCAGCCGUCACUCCCUUUGGAGAUGCCUAAGGACUCGCAUCCCGGACACGGCCAUUGUGAAUAAGCGAGUGUCGCAGGUCAUCGCCAACCCAGAGGGGAGACACGCGAUCCAGUUUGUGGACGGAAGCAACGCGGUAGAGGUGGACCUCGUGAUCGGUGCCGACGGUGUCAAGUCAAUCACCAAGAGAGCGCUAUUUCCCGAUGCCGCAGAAGAUCCAUAUCCGCCUCAUUAUGAAGGCCUUGUCGGUAUCGGAGGCUUCAUCCCGGCCGCUGGUCUGGAAGAAUACGUCGAGAAGGGGUCCAUGAACUUCAUCCAUGGCGGCAACGGCUUCUUUGGCUAUUUCUUUUCGGAGAGCGAUCCUUCGGAUCCGAAUCGCGAAUCUCCCUAUGACGUGUCCAAGCCAGGAGAUACGCUCGCCUGGUGGUCCACAUAUGAGAUUAAGGAAUGCCCGGAUCGCAAAACUCUUGAUUUGGCAGACAUCUCCAGACGGCUGCGGGAGAGACAUGCACAGUGGAAAGAUCCAGUCAUCCAGAGAGUCAUUAGAACCGCCCGAGUAUCAAACAUGUAUCCCACCUGGACGUCGCCACCUUUGCCUACCUGGGAGUGCGAUGGUGUUGUCUUGCUUGGAGAUGCAGCCCAUGCUCUUCCGUCGACUUCCGGCCAGGGCGUAUCGCAAGCGUUGGAGGACUGCGAAUCCUUUGCUCUAUUUCUGGCGCAUCAACUGGCGCGGGGAGACUCGAGCAGUCCCAUGACGCAGAGACAGGCCGUCACCAAGGCCGCGAGACAGUAUAUGGAUCUUCGGAAACCACGCGUUACAGAGAUACUCGAAAGUGCGAAGAGAAUUCAGAAUGUGAAGCGCGACAUGGGCAUCAUCCGCGAGUAUGCAAUGUAUUCCUUCUUCAAGCUCAUGGGUGAGUUGGAAUGUUAUAGACUGGCUUUCCCAGCAAUUAGAAACUGA